AAUGAUUAUCAUCAUGAUUGUUAUGGAUUCUUGCAUGUAUAAUUAUCAGCGCGCAAGUACUUUGUUUAUUCGUUCGUAUAUAUAUUAUGCAAUAAAAAAGUGUGCCGACAAAUUGAUAACGCGACGCACUAAAUUAAACGCAAUCAUGAGCGAGCGAGAGAGAUCCUCUCGUCACGCGUCAGUCGCUAGAUAACGUUCCCUCGGCGAACUCGUCUCUCUCCAAUACGCUCUCGGGAUCGAAUUAAAUUUCCGGACGAGUCCGCUGCCGCAGCAGAGCAGCUGAGCCGCGCGCGCGCAAGGUCGCUCUGGCAAUUUAUCUCUCUCAACUAGUGUUUGGCUAUAUAAUAUCGUCGAGAUGAUCGCCACGAUGGCGCACCUGAUCCUGGGCGGCUUCUUUCUGCUGAACCUGGUCGUGUGCGUGGCCUACGUGGCGAUGCGCCGGGCCCAGCGCUACUGGAAGCGGCGCGGCGUCAAGUCGGUCAAGGGCGCCACUUGCUGGGGCCACUUCAAGGCCGUGGUGCUGGCGCGCCGACCGCUGCGCGACGUGCUGCGCGAGCUGUACGAGCGCGGCCGGGGCGAGCGCGCGAUCGGCUUCUACGUGUUCGCCAAGCCGUUCCUGGUGCUGCGCGACCCGGAGCUCAUCAAGUCGGUGCUGGUGCGCGACUUCAAGUGCUUCGCCAAUCGCUGCAUAGCGCCGCGCCGCGAGGACUACAUCGGCUACGUGAACAUCUUCGCGCUGCGUAGCCCCGCCUGGAGGCUGCUGAGGCAGCGACUGACCCCGGUGUUCACGGCGAGCAAGCUCAGGCACAUGUUCGAGGGUAUCGUGGAGACGGCCGCGGAGCUCGACGCGCAUCUCGCCAAGCAGCUCGUCGAUAAGGAAAACGAAAACGACGACGUAGACGACGAUGGUGGGUGGACGGUCGUCGAGGUGAAGGAGCUCUGCGAGAAAUUCACCACGGACGUGAUCGGCCUGACGAUGUUCGGCAUGAGGCUGAACGCGCUGCGCGACGACGAGUCGGAGUUUCGCCGCGAGGGCAAGAAGCACUUUCAGAACAGCUACGCGCGCCACCUGAGCCUCGUCUCGCUGUUCUUCAUGCCGUGGCUCGCGCGACUGCUCAGGAUCAGCUUCUUCGACGCGGACGUGCCCAGCUUCUUCAAGCGGGUCAUACCCGAGGCGAUGGCCGAGCGCGCCAAGUCCGGGGCCAAAAGGAACGACCUGCUCGACGCCUUCAUCGAGAUCAAGAACGCCUACGCCAACGAUCCGGACGACGAGAUGCGCUACUACUUCCAAGACGACGGCCUGGUGGCGACGAGCAUCGUCUUCUUCCUCGGCGGCUUCGAGCCCUCGGCCUCGAUGAUGUACUUCACCCUCUACGAGUUGGCCAAGCAGCCGGAUCUGCAGUCGCGGCUGCGCCAAGAGAUCUUGGCGGCCCUCGAAGAGGAACCGGGUCGCCGCAUCACCUACGACAUGGCCAACGGUCUGCCCUAUCUCGAGCAGGUCUGCUGCGAGGCGCUGCGCAAGUAUCCGCUGCUGCACUUCCUGGACCGCGAGGCCGAGGAGGACUACGAGCUCGACCCCGAGAGCGGCCUGACGAUCGAGCGCGGCACACCCGUCAUCAUUCCCAUGAGCGCCCUGCACAUGGACCCCGAGUACUAUCCCGAUCCCGAUCGCUUCGAUCCGGAGAGAUUCUCGAGCCAGAAUCUGAGGAAGAUACCGGCCUGCGCUUAUCUGCCCUUUGGCCAGGGUCCGCGCAACUGCAUCGGCAUGAGGAUCGGCUUGAUGCAGUCCAAGGUCGGACUGAUGCAGAUACUCUCCAAGUACGAGGUGUCGCCCUGUCGCGAGACGCCCGUGCCCCUGGAAUUCGACAGUUACACCCUGUUCACCAAGUCCAAGCACAACAUGAAACUGAACGUGCGCCGAGUUCGCGACGAUCGACGACGAUAAUGUCGCGCGCGCGCGCGUGUAUCAAUACCCCCACUUUUGUACGUAAUAUAUAAAAGCAGCACGAAAUCGAAUGCAGCAAUCCAGA